CACGCGACGCAGAUCGCGCGAGUAGUCAGCGAAUAUAUAUAUAUAUAUAUACAAAGAUAUAUUAUAUAUAGAUAUAGUAGAUAUUAUUGACUGUAAAUAGAAUUGUAUUAAAAAUGGAAAGAGUGCAUAAAUUGUGGAAGUCACUUGACGUGCUGAACAAUAAUAAUAUUAACAAUUAAAAAGUGAACUCUAAAUGAAUUUUUUGCGCUCGUGCUUGCUUUUUUUUCGCCUUUCUUUUUUUUUUGUGAAGAGCGUGUGAAAUUUAGUGCAACAAAGCGAGUAGAAGAAAGAGAAGCGCCGUCUUUUUUUCUUUGUCAGUCAAUAAAUAUAUAAAUAAAAGAAAGCAAAUAAGGAAGGAAAUAUAUUAUUUGUAUAGACAUUAAUAAUAUAAAUUGAUCUGAGCGAAAUGUCAACCGCCUUGCUCUACUGGCAGUCAAUGAACGGAGGAGCCCAUGAGGCGACACCACCAACAACAACAACAACAAUGGCAACUGUUCAUUCAACUGAUGGUGUUGUUGUGACCGGUACCGGUACCGGUUCCGAUUCCGAUUGGCACUACAAUUAUCUGAAUCAACAGCAGCAACAUCAACGUCCGUCCUAUGCACGCAACUGGAGCAAUGGAAACUGCAAUGGAAAUGGGAAUGGGAAUGGGAAUGGAAAUGGUAGCAACAACAUAAACAACAACAACAACACAUUGGCAACCCAUUAUCAGUUGCAGCUGCAACUGCAAUUGCAACAGCCGCAUUAUUUGGCCCAGAUCGAUUGUCAGCAUACGGUGAAGAAUUUCGAUGGCAUUGCCAAAGCUUCUUUUAAGCCAACAGCAAUUCAAUUAAUCGAUCAAUCGGAGAGCAAUCAUCAUUACAGCUUAUCCUCUGGAUAUGGAUCCAGUGCGGGCGCCGUGGACACAUCGCAGGGCAGCGGGAGCGGGGGAAGACAACGACAUGCCCCGCUCUACGGACGCUUUGUGGUCGAAGAGGAACUCCCUGCCACGCAUCGUGAUGUCAUGCAUCAUCACUCUAGUCCUUCGUCUUCGUCGGAGGUGCGAGCAAUGCAAGCUCGCAUUCCCACACACUUUCGAGAUCCGGCCAUGGCACCAUUGCGCAAGCUGAGCGUCGAUCUGAUAAAAACCUACAAGCACAUCAAUGAGGUAUACUAUGCGAAGAAGAAACGCCGUGCACAGCAGACACAAGGAGACGAUGAUUCGUCCAACAAAAAGGAGCGUAAAUUAUAUAACGAUGGCUAUGAUGAUGAUAAUCACGAUUAUAUAAUUAAGAAUGGCGAAAAGUUUUUGGAUCGCUAUGAGAUUGAUUCACUGAUUGGCAAGGGAAGUUUUGGUCAGGUUGUUAAGGCCUACGAUCAUGAAGAGCAAUGCCAUGUGGCAAUCAAGAUAAUUAAGAAUAAGAAACCGUUCCUAAAUCAGGCACAAAUCGAAGUCAAACUGCUCGAGAUGAUGAAUCGUGCGGAUGCUGAAAAUAAAUACUAUAUCGUCAAGCUCAAGCGUCAUUUUAUGUGGCGAAAUCAUCUGUGCCUCGUUUUUGAGCUGCUAUCGUAUAAUCUGUACGAUCUGCUAAGGAACACCAAUUUCCGUGGCGUCUCGUUGAACCUCACGCGCAAAUUUGCGCAGCAACUGUGCACGGCUCUUUUGUUCCUGAGCACACCCGAACUGAACAUAAUACACUGUGAUCUGAAGCCCGAGAACAUAUUGCUAUGCAAUCCAAAACGAUCGGCCAUCAAAAUUGUUGACUUUGGCAGCUCCUGUCAGUUGGGACAGCGCAUCUAUCAAUAUAUACAGUCGCGCUUCUAUCGCUCCCCCGAAGUCCUGCUGGGUAUUCAAUAUGAUCUGGCGAUUGAUAUGUGGUCACUCGGUUGCAUUCUGGUUGAGAUGCAUACGGGUGAACCGCUCUUCUCCGGCUGCAAUGAGUUCGAUCAGAUGAACAAGAUUGUCGAGGUGCUGGGAAUGCCACCGAAAUAUCUGUUGGAUCAGGCGCAUAAGACGCGUAAAUUCUUCGAUAAGAUUGUCACCGAUGGAUCCUAUGUGCUAAAGAAGACGCUAAAUGGUCGAAAAUAUAAACCGCCCGGUUCCCGCAAACUGCAUGACAUAUUGGGCGUUGAGACGGGCGGUCCAGCGGGACGACGUCUCGAUGAGCCCGGACAUUCGGUGGCGGAUUAUUUAAAGUUCAAGGAUCUGAUAUUACGCAUGCUGGAUUUUGAUCCCAAGACUCGAGUCACACCAUAUUAUGCCUUGCAACACAAUUUCUUCAAGCGCACCACCGACGAGUCGACAAACACGAGCGGUGCAUCUGCCACGGCCAAUGCGGGUGGUGCGGGUGGUGGCUCCUCGUCGGGUGGUGCUUCGGGAGGUGCUGGUGCUGGUGGUGGUGCAGGCGGCGGCGGCGGCGGCGGCUCCUCUUCCUCAUCGGGUGGUGCUGCUGUUGCUGGCGGUGGUGCAGGUGGUGCUGCUGGUCUUGGCAAUGUUGCUGGUGGUGGUGCAACUGGCAGUGGUCCGGGCAGCGGCAGCAGCAGUGUUGUCUCUUCCAGCGCGGCAGCAGCAGCAGCAGCAGCAACUGCCUCAUCCUCAUCGGGAUCGGGAAUUGGCAUCGCUGGCAUCGGAAUCGGUAUCAACAUCAACACACAGCAGCAACAGUCGCUCGUCUCUAGCAGCAGCAGCAGCAGCGGCGCUGCUGGCGUCGUUAUGGAUCCCCAAUGUUUAGGUCUGCUGAUGCAUCACACAAACAGCAACAACAACAACAGCAACAGCAAUAACAACAUGAACUUUUCGGCGCUGAGUCUGCAGCCAGCGCAGCAGUCAACGACAACGACAAACAUCAGCAGCAGCAGCAACAAUAACAGUCUGAAUAGCUUAAAUCACAGCAGCGGCGUUGGCAUCGGCAGUCGACGCCACAUGUAUAUGAGCAACAACAGUUAUCCGCACGCCAUGGACUGUGAUCCGCCGCAGCAGCAACAAAUGCCGCCGCCCCCGCUGCCACCCGUAUCGGCAGCGGCGAUGGCAGCAGCUGCGCUGCGUCUCGGCCAGCCGCCAUUUGGACGUAUGCGCAGUGGCGUCGGCAUCGACGCUCAUUCAAAUUUUAGCAGCAUUAAGCAUAACGGCAGCAUGGCAGCAGCGCCGCUAAUGCUGCCGCCUCUGCCACCACCCGCCGCACAUCAACUGCAGUCGCUGCAUUCGCAGUCGCAGUCGCUGCCGCAGUCGCAGCCACAUCACAGCUAUGCGCCGGCAUCGCUGCCGCUGGAUCUGAUGCAUCAUUAUGGCAAUAUGUCCGCUGCCGCGUCGCAUCUGAUGAUGACGGAUUCAAGUGUUAUCAGCGCCUCAGCUGCUGGCGGUCCGGCGGGGGGUGGGGGACCGUCCUCCUAUACAGCGUUGUUGUAUCAUCCGCAGCCGCUGCCGCCGCUGGCGUCGCUGCCAUUGCCACUGCCGCUUUCAGCGUCAUCAGCAUCAUCGUCGUUGGCAUCGCUGCCUGCAUCAGCGGCGACGUCCGCUGGUGGAGGCGGCAGCAGCAGCUCAACGGCGGGCGGCAGCAGCGACGCCUCUGCGUCGUCGCCCAUGGUGGGCGUAUGUGUUCAACAGAAUCCUGUAGUUAUACAUUAGCGAUUUAGCGUUACCUGCCGUCUUUAUCUAUAAUUUUAUAUUUUAUUUUAUCACACUUUUUUUAUUGUUUGUUUCUUUUUUUUUUUUUGUGUAUAUCGUCGAUCAUCCUGGCAACAAACAUAAAAAAACAAAUUCACACACACACACACACGAACACAUUCAUACACACAUGCAAGGAAGGUGAAUUUACUAAAUGGUGAUUAUUUCACCACAGCUGCGCGCUUUUCAGUACGAGUUAGUGAUGUAAAUCCAAAUUCGAUUUAAUUAACUCGAUAGAUCAUCAAAAAGCUGAAUCGAGUAGUGGAAAAUCGUUUCCUCGAAACUCAAGGUCGAUUUUUCGAUGAAGUUUCUCAACACAAUUGCAAAUAAAUACUUUCAUAAAUAAAAAUCCAGAAAUUAAGAGAACAUUCUAUUUAUUUUUCUUCGUCUUUACGAAUAAUAUCGUUCAGAACGAAAAGUUAAUACCAAUUGUAAAUUUAACACUCUAUUGAUUCAUCCUCCUCUUUACGAAUAAAAUCGUUCAGAAGGAAAAGUUAAUACCAAUUGUAAAUUUUAUAUCACAUUUCAUGUUGUUUAUAUUUUAAUUAAAUUUUUUGUAAAAUCUGUAUUGUAAAACAAAAUACACACGAAGAGUGCAAAACGUAAAUUGUUUGCUUUCUCGUUCCAGCCAUGUUGAAUUUAUUAUAGAUGGCUAACUCACCACGGAAUCUUCGUUGGGUUUUUGUGGAGUGAUCUUACUUCAUCUCACCCAUUGUGGUGAAAGUAUAACACGAAGUGAAGUGCAUUCAGCAACUAUAAUAAUUUCACCAUGGCUACAGCGACUGUCGCAGAGAGAGCAUGUUCAUAUUAUUAAGCUAUCUCAACUGUGGGGAAUACGUCAAUUAGUAAAUUCAAUAUGCCUGUAGGCAUAAACUUUUUCACUCUUUUUCGCGCGUGUGUGUGCGCUCGUCCGUUCUCUUAUAGUCUGUUGUGGAAAGGGGCUAAAAGGCCGCCAGCAGACACUGCUAUUUAUUGCACAUCCAUACACACACACACACAUACAGACACAGCUAGCUGAAAUUUACAGUCACCCACACACACAUAUGCACACAUAAGCAUCGGUUUAUUUAAGUCACACUCACAAUGCAGCCGUCUCGCUCACACACACGCACACACUCACACCCACACACAUCGCUCAUUAAAUAUUUUUUUUUACCUAGUUUUAAUAACUAAAUUAAUGCUGUAAGUGUAACGUUAACGAUAUAUAAUUUUACUUAUACACAAUCAAAAGUAAAUUUUAUUUAAUUUUUAAUUUAAA